UAUGCAGAACAAUUUCAAAGCUCUGACUCCUUAUCCCUGCAUAUACCAAGUACAGCAGUUAGCUGUACGUUCGGAGCACCCGAACAUCAGCAACAGCCACGGAAGGCUAUAACUGAAGGUUCUUGCCACAUGUAUCAUCGACUACAGCUGCUCGGAACAAUCAGCUGUCUUUCACUUACAGCUAUUAAUAUUCGAGGGGAUAAGUGGCAUAAUACCCACGCGGUACAAGUAUACUUUGACAUUGAUUGUGGCAGGUCCUGUGGCCGAUGCUGUUCUUCAGAUACUUUAACAUCGAUUGUGGCGGGUCCUGUGGCCGAUGCUAUUCUUCAAAUGUUUUCUAUCGCACAGCAAAAUCGGCAUGCCAAAAUUUUGUGGCUCUGUUAUAAUGCAGCUCCGGCCAAGGUGCAGCGACAUCAUCGAACAUCAUUCUAACUAGACCAUAUACGACACAAGAAAUCAAGAUGUUCUU